CCUAAGUCAUACUAUAUCUCAUAAUAAUUAAGCAAAUGUUGGGGGAAAAUAGUCAAAAUACCUCUCUGCCUGCUCUCUUGGAGUCCAUUCAACAGUAUCUACUUGAAGAUGAUUUUGAAACCCUAGCCACUCCUCCGCCACCAAAUUUCUCCUGCGAUCCAAGCUUUGUUUCUGUCAUUUCCGAAGAUUUACCCUUCAGUGUUGACGAUCUGCUGGACUUUUCCACUUUCGGUGAUGUAGGUCAUGAAGUCCACAAUGGAUGGUCUCCAGUAUAUCAGUUCGACUCAACACUUGCAGAAACGACAAUGCCGAGCGUUCAAUUGGAAUUUCAGGAGUCAAUCGCUAGUUCCGAAGAGGUUGUGGUGGCGAGUAACAAAAAUGCACCUUCUAAAGGGUGGCAAUAUAAAGGUGUACGGAGGAGGCCGUGGGGGAAGUAUGCAGCGGAGAUUAGGGAUCCAAAGAAAAAUGGAGCGAGAAUUUGGCUUGGUACAUAUGAGACGCCCGAGAACGCGGCGUUAGCUUAUGAUCGAGCUGCUUUUACGAUGCGCGGCUCAAAAGCCAAAUUAAACUUUCCUCAUUUGAUAGGUUCCAGUGACUGUGAGCCAGUUAGAGUGACUAAUAAGCGGUGCUAUUCACCAUCAAGUUCAUCAUCGUCUUCGUGGGACUUGGAUGAUUAUUCUCCUGCGCCAAAGAGGAGAAUGAAAUGA